AUGGUAUCCAAACCUCUUUUCAAGCGUGACGAUGCAGGUCGUUUCAAACCAAUUGUUAUCGACAUUCACAGGUAUCCAGAUGUUGACAAUGGAGCGAUUCUUUGGGAAGCAGUGGGUGCCUGCCAACUGCUGGAGUAUGUCGAUCACGAGUCAGGGCUCAAGUUUUAUGGUCCCAUGUUUACACAAUAUGAGUUUGUCACACCCUAUUCUACCACGCUUAAUAAUGCAACAUGGAAAACUAAAUUGAAAAAUCCCAAGCUUGAAUGUAAUUCAUGGAUGUCCAGCUUGAGUUCUGAUGCAUGCUUGGGAGCAAAUUUCAUUGGAUACUCUCGACUGGACCAUUUCACAUGUGCAGAGUAUACCACUCAGUCUCAGACACCAUCAUUCAACUCUUCUCCAAACAGUCCAAGCCCCCAAUCGAUGCAGUAA